AUGGCCUCGGGAAAAUUUUUGGGUUUCCUCAUGUCACAACGGGGUAUCAAGGUCAACCCGGACCAAAUCAAGGCAAUAGACGCAAUACCUGAGGCUUUGAACCGCAAAAAGCAGGUACAAAAGCUGACGGGGCAAAUAGCCGCCCUAUCCAGGCUCGCCAGAUGGGCCAUAGAGCUCAGCGAGCACGACAUAUCCUAUAGCCCAAGAAACUCCAUCAAGUCGCAGGUACUUGCCGACUUUGUCACCGAUUUCAGCACAGAGAUAUUGCCGAAGGCGGAAUUGGAGGCCAUUCGUGCUUCCUCCAGUGCCGACCUUUGGACUCUCUACACUGACGGCGCCGCCAAUGCCUCGGGCUCGGGACUGGGACUCGUUCUCGAAGUCCCCACAGGCGAAGUGAUUCGCCAGUCCAUACGAUGCCCCGAGAUGACUAACCAUGAAGCCGAGUAUAAGGAUGUGGUUGCAGGUAUAAAAUUAGCCGUCAAGUACGGGGCUCGACGACUUGUCCUCCAUUGUGACUCCCAAUUCGUGGUGAAACAGAUCACCGGGACUUACCAAAUCAAGGAGCAGAGACUGCAAAAAUACCAAUCGGAAGUCCACAAGCUAAUGCUUGAGUUCGACGAGUGCCGCCUUGAGCAAAUCCCUAGGGCGCAAAAUGUCAAAGCAGACGGCUUAGCGAAACUGGCCGCAGCCACCAAAAAUAUCAACAAAGGGAGUGUAGUCACCCUCCUCCAUUCGGCCAUAGACCAUGCUGAGGUACUCUCUUUAAAUCUAACUUGGGACUGGCGCAACCAUUACGUCUCCUAUCUGCAGGACGGGACACUCCCACUCGACAAAAAAGAAGCCAAAAAGCUCUGUGUACAAGCCGCCCGGUACUGCCUAAUAAAUCACGAUCUAUACAAAAGGACGUUUGGCGGACCCCUCGCUAAGUGCUUGGGGCCGCACCAAACAAGGCCAGUACUCGAAGAGGUGCACGAGGGUCACUGUGGCGCACAUACCGGUAACCGCGCCCUCGUCCGUUGCAUUAUUCGAGCCGGAUACUACUGGCCCACUAUGAAAAAGGAGGCAACAGAGUAUGUUCGCAGGUGCGAACAGUGCCAAAAAUACGCCCCCAUGAUACAUCAACCGGGAAAGCCCCUCCACUUAGUAACCUCACCUUGGCCCUUCAUCAAAUGGGGCACAUAA